AAGAGAGCUCCUUGGCCGCCUUUCUUCCUCCCCGCCCCCUUUCCCAUUCAGUCACCCAUCCAGCCAUCCACAGCCAUCAUAGCCACACCGCCCCGACGCCACCAACCACCACCUUCCCGUGAGCUUGAGCGAGGGUAAGCCAUAGAUCUGAGCGAGUUCUCGCGCGCCGCAGGUAAAGUUCUCUCGACCCGACGCUCCUCUCCUCCUAGUCUCAUCUCUUUUUCUUGAUUUCUGUGUCUUCCUAGAGCAGAGCAGAGAGCGAGAGACCCAGGGCCUUUUAGAUCCCGGGCUUCAGAUCUGCUCCGUCUUCUGUUUUAGUGUAGCUAGCGAGCUAGGUAGGCAAGAGGGGUUCUUUUUCCACACCUCCCUUGCGCUUGUUGCUGCUGUUCUUGUGCAGAUCUACCAGAGCCACCUGUUUUUACUGUGGCUGUGGGCCUCUGCCAGUUUCUUGAUUUGUUCUUCUUUUGCUAGAAAAAUCCCAAAAAAAAAAAGAGUUUGUUUAGAUCUUUGUGAGUAGGUUCCAUGGCUGCAGCUAUAGAUCUGUCCGGGGAAGAGCUGAUGAGAGCACUCGAGCCUUUUAUCCGGGAUGCCUCUGCUCCUUCCAGUCCUUUCCAACAACUCAGUCCCACUUCGCCUUUCUCUUUCCCCCACUCCGCCGCCGCCGCCGCCGCCGCCGCCGCCGCCGCUUACCGCUGGUACCCGUACGCCGGAGUCCAGGCCCCGGCUGAGGCAGGGGCGGGCCAGCUGAGUCCGGCCCAGAUGCAGUACAUCCAAGCCCGCCUCCACCUGCAGCGCCAGGCGCAGUCCGUCCUGGGCCCGCGGGCCCAGCCCAUGAAGGCGGCGUCUGCUGCGGCUGCGGCGCCCACCCCGCCGCGGCCGCAGAAGCUGUACCGCGGCGUGCGGCAGCGGCACUGGGGCAAGUGGGUGGCGGAGAUCCGCCUCCCGCGCAACCGCACCCGCCUCUGGCUCGGCACUUUCGAUACCGCCGAGGAGGCGGCGCUCGCCUACGACCAGGCCGCCUACCGCCUCCGCGGCGACGCGGCGCGGCUCAACUUCCCCGACAACGCCGCCUCCCGCGGCCCGCUCCACGCCUCUGUCGACGCCAAGCUCCAGGCGCUCUGCCAGAACAUCGCUGCCUCCAAGAAAGCGCCCAAGAAGUCCGCCUCCACCUCCACCUCCACUUCCGCCCCCACCAGCAACUACUCCUCGCCGACCACCGACGAUGCGUCGUCCUGCCUGGAGUCCGCCGAGUCUUCGCCGUCCCCAUCGCCCUCCCCCGAGGCAACGACGGUGCCGGAGAUGCAGCAGCUGGACUUCAGCGAGGCGCCUUGGGACGCCGGGUUCGCCCUCACGAAGUACCCGUCCUACGAGAUCGACUGGGACUCCCUCCUCGCCACCAAUUAACCACUUCUUUCAACUACUGCUACAGAGGCACGCGCAGAUGGGAUUUUAGACAUCAUGCGCGGGCACUAGUGGAUCCUUAGCUCUAAUCUUGUUAGUUUGUGUAGAAUUAUUUGUCUUACUGUUCUUGCUCUACAUCGAUGUUAGGUUUGGUUCUCUGGGUCUCUGGAGAACCAAUGGGAAGCCGGCGUUUUUAUGUCCGGCGUCUCCUGUGGUCGGCCUGUCACCGGUCAGUGACUCCGGCCGGUCAGUGUCCAUUGUUCUUGCCUUGUUUCCUAGGUGUUGCUCCUGCUGCUCUACAGGUUGUAAGUAGCAGCUCUGUGGUUUGAUAUGAUUGUAUGUUUUGUAAAAUUAUCUAGCUGUGUCAUGAACAACUAUUGUUAGUGUUAUUAUAUCUCAGCGAAAAUCCGUGUGCGAGCUGCCUAAUU